CAACAUUAUCAACUUUGAUUAGUUCAUCACCUGAAAAUAAGAGAGUCAGGAUCGAAGCAUCAGACGAACAAUCAUGGUUUCAAUAUGAUGAAAUUAACAUGCAGCAACUUUAUGAAAUUAACAUGCAGAAUGCACAAAAUACAACUUCUCGUGUGACUGUCAGCUCACCAUAUACCAAACAAUCACAUGCUUCAUCGUCAUCAAAUAUUAUCUCUGCUUCAAAUGCAAAGCUCUACGUGUUAGAAAUACUUCACAAUAUGCUUCUAAUAAUAUGUGUAUUCACCGUAGUACAUUUGUACCAGUCUGUAGAUAGAAUUGGUGCUGUUAAUCAAAUGAAGAUUAGUAAAUAUAAUCUUGUCUUCAUGGAAAUUGUUUUACCAAAGUUGGAUGAUAAGCAAAAGUUCAAAUUAGAUAUUUCGAUAGCUCCAUACCAAUUAUUAGUAUCACACCAAGAUUGUAGUUUUUAUCUUUCACAUAGAAUGAAUGAUAUUCUUGCCAAGCCAUUCAGCAAAUCAAUGUUUCUUAAGAUAUUAAAAAAUUAUUGUUCACAUCUUGUCAUGCCGAAAUUCCAGAAUAUUUCAAGACCAUUUGGUGUCUCCGAUAUGUCAAAAUCAGCUUCUAAUAGUGAUAUAUUUUCUCACUCUUCAGAUACAUCGGUUAUGAACAAUCUAGCUAAUGUAUCUUCAGGUACUAGUUCUUUUAUACCUACUAUUAAUAUACCAAACAUACUAACAUCAACUCAAAGUGGACAAAUAUCUACAACGAAUAUAGGAAUAUCGAUAAUAACG